AUUCAAAUCAUGUCGGUCUAAGUAUAGAUUUGCGGCAAGGUAUUUUGUAUGGCAUCCAAGCUUUUGGAUUAACACUGAACAAAUUGCGCCUGGAAUAGCUUGACGAUUGUGAAGUUAAAUCUCGAGUUAAAAUGGCUCUUGCUCGAGUCAACAAAAUAUGGUUUGACCGCCUUGAAGAUCGUAACAGCGAGCCCCAGCGGAUCUACGAUUUGUCGUUCAGCCCGGACGGGACUCGUUUACUUGCGGCGGCAGGGAAUGUUAUACUGGUUUAUGAUACGUACGAUGGGAGCAUCAUUGACAUGCUUAAGGGACACCGGGAUACCGUUUACUGUAUAUCCCACGAUAAUACCGGAAAGAGGUUUGCAUCUGGUGGAGCUGAUAAAAGUGUUGUUAUAUGGACCUCAAAGCUAGAAGGCAUUUUGAAAUACACGCAUAAUGACUCUAUCCAGUGCUUGGCUUACAACCCGGUAACACAGCAGCUUGCAAGCUGUACAGCCAAUGACUUUGGUUUGUGGUCUCCUGAGCAGAAAUCUGUGUCUAAACACAAAGUUUCUUCUAGAGUAACUUGUUGCAGCUGGACUAAUGAUGGACAGUAUCUUGCCUUGGGGCUGUUUAGUGGUUAUGUCAGCAUUAGAAACAAGGCGGGUGAGGAAAAGGUGAAGUUAGAGAGGCCAGGGGGUUCACCAGUCUGGACCAUCCAAUGGAACCCAUCCAAGGAUGAGCCCUAUGAUAUUCUAGCUAUUGGGGAUUGGAAUCAGAGACUCUCAUUUUAUCAACUUAGUGGCAAACAGGUUGGCAAAGACCGUCACCUGGGCUAUGACCCUUGCAGUCUUGGGUACUUCUCAAAAGGAGAAUACCUUAUCCUUGGCGGCUCUGAUAGACAGUGCUCUUUGCACACCAAAGAGGGUGUGAAGCUCACUACUAUAGGUGAACAGCAGAGCUGGGUGUGGUGCUGCAAAGUACGACCUGACGCAAACUUUGUGGCUCUUGGAUGUCAAGAUGGCACUAUUGCUUACUAUCAGCUUAUUUUCAGCACAGUGCAUGGAUUGUACAAGGACAGAUACGCGUUCCGUGAUAAUAUGACUGAUGUCAUCAUCCAGCAUCUUUCAACUGAACAGAAAGUGAGAAUCAAGUGCAGGGACCUCGUAAAAAAGAUUGCAAUCUACAGACACAGAUUAGCUGUUCAGCUUCCUGACAAAGUGAUUAUCUAUGAGCUCAACACUGAUGACACAUCAGAUAUGCAUUACAGGGUCAAGGAAAAGAUAGAUAAGAAGCUGGAAUGUAACCUUUUAGUGGUGUGCUCAAACCAUAUCAUUCUCUGCCAGGAAAAAAGACUUCAGUGCCUAUCCUUCGCAGGCAACAAAGAAAGGGAGUGGGUCAUGGAAUCAGUCAUCCGUUACAUCAAGGUCAUAGGGGGUCCUUCUGGUAAAGAAGGUCUUCUUGUUGGACUCAAGAAUGGCCAGAUCAUGAAGAUUUUCGUCAACAACCCCUUUCCUGUGAGCCUUCUCAAGCAAGAGACAAGCGUCAGGUGCCUUGACCUCUGUGCAAGACGUACAAAGCUUGCUGUUGUAGAUGAGAACAGUACAUGUCUGGUGUAUGAUCUCAACACUAAGGAGCUCCUCUUCCAGGAACCUAAUGCAAACAGUGUUGCAUGGAACACUCAUAAUGCUGACAUGCUGUGUUUCUCAGGCGGUGGAAUGCUGAAUAUCAAAGCCAGUAACUUUCCUGUUCAUCAGCAGAAGCUUCAGGGAUUCGUAGUUGGCUUCAGUGGUUCCAAGAUCUUCUGCCUUCAUGUGUACACGAUGUCUGCAGUGGAAGUUCCCCAGUCUGCCCCUAUGUACCAGUAUUUGGAAAAGAAGAUGUACAGGGAUGCGUAUAAUGUAGCCUGCCUUGGUGUCACGGAAGGAGAUUGGAGGGCCCUUGCCCUUGAUGCUCUUGAGGGGUUGGACUUCGAAACAGCGAAAAAGGCAUUCAUCAGGGUUCGAGACCUGAGAUACCUGGAGUUAAUCCACAACAUUGAGGAGCGGAAGAAGCGAGGCGAGACGGAUGACCAAGCAUUUCUCGCUGAUGUCUACGCCUAUCAGGGUAAAUUCCAUGAUGCUGCGAAGCUCUACAAGAAAACUAGCAACGAGGAGAAGGCUAUGGAGAUGUUCUCAGAUCUUCGGCAAUUUGAGUACGCAAAGGAAUUCCUUGGAGCAAGUGAUCCCAAGAAUGUCAAACAACUGAUCAAGAAGCAGGCACAGUGGUGUGAAACUACUAACGACCCAAAGGCCGCAGCCCUAAACAACUGUAUCCGCAAGCAUAACCCAUUGAAGCUUUGCACCCGUCUGCUAUUGUUGAUGAUCCUUAUGUGUGUCUAUUACAGAGACAUGUUCCUAACAGCAGGAGAAAACAUGAAGGCGAUAGAAAUUAUCGGUGAAAAUGGAUGGAUCGAUAAACUACUGGAUGUUGGACGCAACCUGAACAAGGCUGACACUGAGUGCAUCGGCAGAUGCGCACAUUUCUUCAAACAGCUGGACCAGCAUGCGUAUGCUGCGGAGAUGUACGUGAAGAUGGGAGACACCAAGGCUCUGGUUCAGCUUCACGUGGACACCAGACACUGGGACGAGGCAUUUGAGCUUGUGGAGAAGCAUCCCGAGUUCAAAGAUAACGUUUAUGUCCCGUAUGCGAACUGGCUGGCUGAAAACGACAGAUUCGACGAGGCCCAGGAGGCAUUCCACAAAGCUGGUCGCAGGGAUGACGCAGUUCACGUGUUGGAGGUCUUGUGCCGUAACGCAGUCAUUGAACACAGGUUUCAUGAUGCCGGAUACUACUACUGGAAGCUGUCAAUGCAGUGUUUGGAUCUCGCCAAAGGGUCGCCAGAGACUACCAAUGGCGAGCCAGACAUUGGCAUGCUGGAAAAGUUCCACGAGUAUCAAGAGAAGGCAGAAAUUUACUACUUGUAUCACUCAGUGCACAGAUAUACGGACGAGCCGUUCACGUCACAUCUGCCCGAGACAUUGUUCAACAUCGCUCGGUACCUUCUCCAUAUGCUCAUCAGAGACACGCCCAUCGGCGUCUCAAGGGUUGCAACUCUCUUCGCCUUGGCCAAGCAGAGCAAAAACUUGGGUGCCUUCAAAAUGGCGCGAACAGCAUUCGACAAACUCCAGGCGCUCAAGAUACCCACCAGGUUCCAAGAAGCAAUUGACCUUGGAAGCGUCACCAUACGCUCCAAGCCUUUCCACGACAACGAGGAGUUGUUACCAAUGUGCUAUCGCUGCUCAACCACGAACCCACUACUCAACAACAAGGGCAACCAAUGCAUCAACUGCAGACAACCUUUUGUCUACUCAUUUUCGUCAUUCGAGGUUCUACCGCUAGUCGAGUUUGUUCUCGAAGAUGACAUAAGUGACGAAGAGGCUAUCAAACUGAUCGAGGCUGAACCCACAAACCAACGCCGAAAGGACCUGUCGAAAUGGCAGACUACGGACAUGGGCAACGUCCAGACUCUCUCGUUAUCGGAUCCGCCCCCAUCAAAUGAUGACGAUGACCCCUUCACGGCAAAACUCAUGAGCUUUGAGCAAGGCGGGUCUGAGUUCGUCCCAGUGCGCGUCGGUCGCGCUACUCUCCACUCCAUGAAUAGGAACGAAGUAAUCAUCAAGAGAUGGCCGGUUCCUCUCAAGCACCAGUACUACCGGUCUCUCAUGCCUGACGUGUCAAUCACACUCUGCGACUCCUGUAAUAGGGUAUUCCACACUGACGACUACGAGUUGAUGGUUCUACAAAAGAACUCCUGUCCGUUUUGCAGAAAGCCAGCCAACCACCUAUAAACUCGUGUCUACGUCACAAUAACGCCGAUACGCCACGUUAACACCAUCCACCACACAUCCAGCUUUUUUUUAUCAUCGCAUCAUGCAAACAUCUCCCAGCACUGUGGGAAAAGCAUCCCUUCACUGAUCACAAAACGGAAAUGAUGGCAAUGCCUUGGCGCCAAGCGCGUAGCUAGAGGCUGGACUUGGGGGCGCAAACACCCUCCUAGACAAAAAUAAAACCGGUACUUACCUAUUGAAGAAUAGCCAGAACGCGGUCUUUUUCCCAUUGAAGAAUGGCCAAAAGGCGGUCUUUUUCCAUUAAAGAAUAGCCAAAAAGCGUUUUUUUUUUUCUAUUGGCCGUUUUCAGGUGAUGGAAUUGAGCGCGAAAGCAAGGCCUUUUACGGUUACAGCUGUCGUGCAUUUUUUAUUUAUUUAUUUAUUUGCAAAGUUUUUGUUUGUUUUACAAGAAAGCCUGAAGCAAAACACCUGGUUAAAAGGGCUUAAAAUGUGGUAGUUUAGUAAGAUAAACAAGCCGCAAAAUUUGCAAGAAGGUAUUAAAGCAAACUAAGACAUGUCAAAACCCUGCUUUUGCGCUCAAAUUCAAUUAUUUGGAAAAUAGUCGAUUAAAGAAAUAGCGAAAAAGGGGUAUUUUCCAGUUUAGUAAUCGCCCAUAGCAGCAUUUUCCUAUCCUAGCUAAAUGCGUUAUUCCUUGCGCGUUUACACAUACUUAAUUCUGUCAUCCAUAGAGCUCUCGAGACCAGUACACACGUGCUUAUAGCUAGUUAUAUCCGCACGUUUUCUCACCCAUACAUUUCAUGCUUGAGUACUCAUGUCACCAGAUACUCUUGCAAAACCCCUAUCCACUAAAAUGCUGACCUUAUCGUUUUAAUAGAAAUUCCAUACCGCCUUAACUCACCCCUUGUGACGCUCUUUUAUAUACCUUUAGGGGUUUUAUUUGAGCAUUCAGACCAUUCAGGGUGUCACACGGUCAAGACUUGUAAGACAAGUGCCUGUCAUCUACAAAACCCUCUUGUGAUAUUAUCUUGAAUUUAUUAAGCAUGCAGUUCGUAUAACAUGGGAUUAAAAUACCCAUCAAGAUAGACCUUGGACCCAAUCACGGGCUCAUCUUUGAUCUGCGAAGUCCACUCAAAGCUCUGUUUUACAAGCCUGUGCGUGCGCCGGUCCUUUAUCUAAAGUAAUUGCUUUUGCUUGCAGUAGCGCUAAGCAUGAUAGAUCUAAAUGUAAAUAAUUUAGUGUAAAUAUGAAUUUGAGAGGUACCCUGUGUAAAACUGGUUGUAUGUUAUUGUAAAGAAUACACUUCAAAAAUGUGACUUUUUUAUCCCA